UCCCGGUCCCGGUCCUGAUCCCGAUCCCGGUUCCGAUCCCGGUCUCGUUCCCGUUCCUAUGGCCCCCGCCAGGAAGAACCCCGGCGCGGUCGCUCGCCGCAGGAAGCUGGAGGCAUUCCUGAAGGAUUUCGACCGUGAGGUGGAGAGCCGGCUGGCGCGGCUGGAAGCUAACGGGGAGCGCCUGGUGAAGGAGGCGGAGGACAUGUACGACAUGCACAUCCUGCGGCUGCCCGUGGCCUUCCGCGAGAUGAACUGGCUGGAGUUCUUCGCUAAAGCAGGAUGCAAGAAGCUGUUGGAACUGACAGCAGUGGCAGACUUGGAAAUACCAGAAAUAAACAAGUUGGCAGCAGAAGUUCGCCGUACUCCUUUCAAGGUCACCAAACAAGGGGGAAAAUUGCCACAGCAUAUUGAAGCUAUUCAAGAAGAAGCUGAGUCUCCUUUGCUUCCUCCAACAAAGAAGGCAAAACAUGAGAGCCAGUGUCUUCCAGAGUCAGAAGCUAAAAGCAUUAAUCUAACAACUGGAAAGGCGAAGGCAUCCACUAAAAAAGUGCCAGCAUCCAGGAGCAGAAGAGCUCCUGCAAGAGAGGAGCGCACAAACAAAAGAUCAAGCAAAACCAAUUUUAUCACUCCAGCUACUGGCAGAAUCGUUGAUCUCUGUGCUCCGGGAGGUUCCUCCAUGAUCACACCCAGAUUUGAUCCCAGCAUCUUCAAGACACCGGGGUUGCGCGCACCUGCAGCACACGAACGUGUUUACACCGUCUCUGCCAAUGGCAGCCCCCUUGCUGACAUCAAUGAUAUCUUCAUCACAGUCCCUGUGGGAGGAGGGGAGUGCAUUCGUUUAGCAGCAAGUGAUGUGACCAAGAAUAAUCUUCUUCAUCUGAAUGCAGAGGCCCAAGGAUUUAUGCAGAAGCUAUCAGGUCGUCUCGCACAAGCCUGCAGUGCUACAAAAACCCACAGAUGAAACUCAGUGGAUAUUGACAUCCCUCUGUAAAUACAGAAUGUAACCUUUA